UUUACGGCACACGUGUGUACAGACCACUCCACUCCACUCCACUCCAGCGGUGGUGACUCCAACAUGGCUAAAGUUUCUAAGAAGAAAGUGAGUAGGAAGAGCGUCAGGAAGAGCUCCACGGUGACGGAGAAGAUCGCAGAGGUGAAGCCAGAUGUGGUGUACGACGAUGGCGACGAUGAGUUUCUCAGUAAAGAAGACGGAAAUAUCAGCAGUGAGGAGGAGGAGGAGGAGGAGGACGGCGGCAAGGAUGAACGAAAACGCCAAAAGCUGCUCGAAGCCAUCAGCGCUCUGGGAGGUAAGAGGCAGAAGAAGCUGGGGGAGAGAUCCGAGGCAGCCGUCCUCAUGUCGGAGUUUACCGUCAACGCCGAGGGAGAGGGCGAUAAGAUCGAUCUCUCGGACCUCAUCGGGUCAAUGGAGAAAACCUCCGCUGUCCCUGCCAAGACCAAGAAGCAGCUGAAGAACCUGCAGCAUACUAACAAGACCAUUGAGUGCCCCCUCAGCAAGCAGGAGAGUGAGAGGAUUCAAAGAGAUGUGGCUUUCCGGAAGGCUUCCACAGAGGUGACCCGGUGGAAAGACAUCAUCAAACAGAACCAGAGGGCCGAGCAGCUGGUCUUCCCCCUGGACAAGGAGCCCACAGGUCCUAGGCCAAUGGAGAGGAUGGUGACCGGGUGGAAGGCACAAACCCCGCUCGAGCAGGAGAUAUUUGCCCUCCUUUCAGCAAACAAGCAGCCCAUCAAUGACCCCAUCCUGACCCCUGCAGAGGAGGCUUCAAUGAGGGCGAUGAGCCUGGAGGAGGCCAAGAUACGACGUGCAGAGCUGCAGAAAGCCCGGGCUCUGCAGUCCUACUACGAGGCAAAGACCCGGAGAGAGAGAAAAAUCAAGAGCAAAAAAUACCACAAAGUGCAGAACAAGGCAAAGCGUAAAGAGUUCCUGAAGAAGUUUGAGGAGAUGGUGAAGACGGACCCCGCCGCCGCCUUAGAGGAGCUGAGUAAGAUCGAGCUGGCCAGGAUGCAGGAGAGGAUGUCUCUGAAGCACCAGAACAGUGGCAAGUGGGCCAAGUCAAAGGUGAUCAUGGCAAAAUAUGAUGAGGGGGCUCGCAAAGCCAUGCAGCAGCAGCUGGAGGUGAACAAAGAGCUGACCCAGAAGCUGGUCACUUCGCUGAAUAAAGAGGAAGAGGAGGAGGAGGAAGCAGUGGAUGAAGAGGUGCUGCCUGAUUUUGUAAAUGAUGCCGAGCAAAGACUAGAUUCUUCCAAUCCCUGGAUGAGAGGGAAGCUGUCUGAGGAUCCUGCUGAGAAAGAGUUAAGUGAAAAUAUGGAUCUAAUAACCGAGGGGCCUGGAGCUGUGGGAAAUCCAGCCGAAGAAGAGGAGGAUGAGGAAGAGGUUGUGGAAACGGAAGAGGAAACCCUCCUCAGGGAGUUUGACAGCAGGAGGAAACGGCGUCAGGCUCACGAGGAGAUGGAAGAGGAGGAGCCACAGGUACCUGAUCAGGAGGAAGAGGAGGGGCCACAGGUACCUGAGCAGGAGGAAGAGGAGGGGCCACAGGCACCUGAGCAGGAGGAAGAGGAGGAGCCACAGGUACCUGAGCAGGAGGAAGAGGAGGGGCCACAGGUACCUGAGCAGGAGGAAGAGGAGGGGCCACAGGUACCUGAGCAGGAGGAAGAGGAGGAGCCACAGGUACCUGAGGAAGAGGAGGAGCCACAGGUACCUGAGCAGGAGGAAGAGGAGCUGUCAGCUAUAGGAGGGGGAAUAGCAGACAGCAGUGGUGAAGCUGAGAUGCCCGAGGGAGCUGCAGACUCCUGCCACACGAACCCUUCAGCUCAGCUGGAGGAGGGGCUGCUGAGGAUCAGGACUCUGGAGGACAUGGAGCUCCUCAGUCAGCAGGAGCCAGCCCCUGAUGAAGCCCCUGCUGAGCCCCCUGCUACAGACAAGCCCCCCUCUGUGACUCCACAGGCUGACAAAACCAGAAAAAGAAAGCGGGGCAUCGAACUGAAAGAAGUUCUCACCAAAGAAACAAAAGUCAUCAAAGUUCCUCUCGCCCCAACCAUCGAGGACACGGAGGACACGGAGGACAUGGAGGACAUGGAGGACAUGGAGGACAAGCUUGACCAAAGGGGGCUCAUUAAAGAGGCCUUUGCCGGGGAUGACGUGGUCUCAGACUUCCUUAAGGACAAGAGGAAGCAGGAGGAUGCAGCGAAGCCGCAGGUCGUGGACCUGACUCUUCCUGGUUGGGGCGAGUGGGGAGGGACAAACCUAAAGCCUUCCCGCAACAAACGGAGGAGGUUCAGGAUUAAGACGGCCCCCCCACCUCCAAGGAGAGACCAAUGUCUCCCCAGCAUCAUCGUGUCAGAGAAGAGAAACGGCUCCAUCAGCCUCCAUCAGGUGAACUCGCUGCCCUUUCCCUUCCAGAACCACGCGCAGUUUGAGAGCACCAUCCGCACUCCGCUGGGUCGCACCUGGAACACAGAGCAGACUGUCAGAAAGAUCAGCAAGCCCAAGGUGGUCACCCAGCUGGGCGCCAUCAUCGAGCCCAUGUCCCGUGAGGAGCUGAUGAAGGACAAGAAGCAGGUGUCUACUGGGAGCACAAGUCAUGUGGACUCAUGGAAGAGAAAACGUUAGCAACAGUUAAUGUCACAAUGCUCACUGGGUAAAAGUCAAUGAAAAGCAAAGUAGCCACAGCAGGUUGCCAUGACAGCUCCACUACUCAGAUUCCCUUUCUUCUGAAGCUUUUCAUGUUGUACAUCUGAGAUUUAGAUAUGUCAAAUCAAUACUGAAAGUCAACUGAGAAGGGUAAAUAUGUAAAACACAUUGUGUCGUUGGGCUUAGAUGAGCUGUGAGCUGAAGUAUGAACAGCUGAUGAUUUAGUAUAGCACCUUCCUCCUGCCUGAUGCUGCGUACAUCUCACUGUAUCGUGUUGUCUGAAAGUGGUAAAUGGACUCAAACUCUA